UCAUCACCGCGCGCCAGCAGCCGGAACAGAAGCGGGGAAGAUGGCGGACGUGGUGAAUGUUGGGGUAAACCUGGAUGCUUUUUCUCACGCGAUCAGCGGCAUCCAGGCGCUGCGCUCCAGCGUGAGCCGCGUGUUCGAUUUCCUGAAGGACGGCAUGAAGAACCGGGAGACCCUGGAGGGCCGCGAGAAGCAGUUUAUAUCCGAGUUCCAGGAAAACCUGCAGGCGGUCAACAGGGACCUCAAUGAGCUGGAGCGUCUCAGCGGUCUGGUCGGUCGUCCCUCAGAGUCCCACCCUCUCCAUAACAGCGGUCUGCUGAGUCUGGAUCCCGUCCAGGAUAAAACUCCUCUCUACUCUCAGCUGCUGCAGGCAUACAAGUGGUCCAACAAGUUGCAGUACCACGCUAGUUUGGCCUCCAGUUUGUUGAACCAGCAGUCACUGAAGCGAUCAGCCAACCAGAUGGGAGCUUCAGCCAAGAGACGACCCAAAGUCCAGCCUAGUACUCUGGUACUGCCUCCUCAGUAUGUGGAUGACGUCAUCUCUCGGAUCGGCAGGCUGUUUCCUGAUAUGACCAUCGAGCUGUUCAGACCCAACGGGACGUCAGCUGUGCUGCUGGUGACCCUGGGGAAGGUGUUGAAGGCCAUUGUCGUGAUGAGGUCACUGUUUAUCGAUAGAACUGUUGUUCGAGGAUUCAACGAGAACGUAUACAACGAGGAUGGAAAGCUGGACAUCUGGACCAAGUCUCAGUACCAGGUGUUCCAGAAGGUAACAGACCCCGCCACCACCGCCCUGCUGCACUACCAGCUGCCUCAAAUGCCUGAUGUCGUCGUGCGGUCUUUCAUGACCUGGCUGCGGAGCUACAUAAAGCUCUUCCAGUCUUCGUGUCAGCGUUGUGGCCGUUUCCUACAGGAUGGACUUCCUCCAACAUGGAGGGACUUUAGGACCCUGGAGGCUUUUCAUGACACCUGUCGCAUGUAAAAGGACACUUCCUGUUUAUCUGUAAAGAUUUGUAUAUUUUUUUCUGUUAUG